AUGCCAAUCCUUCCAGUUGCUAUGGAAAAUCCAGAUAUCGUUGUUGAAGACUUCUCCACAGAUAUCCAAUACGAAAGCGACCAGAUUGAAGACAGUUGGGAAUCGGAGAGUACGAAUGUUUGGGAAAACCAUAUCGACAACAACGACCUAGAGGACCGACAGAAAAACCUCCUUGGUCAUAAACGCCUUGGCUAUGUUCUGCACGAAUCCGCUUGUAAACACGAGGAUUCGAACAUUCGACGAUUCUGGUCUCCCAAGGUCUUAGACGAACUUAUGACCCUGGAGCGUAUUGUUGAAGAGUUGAACACAUACCAAGCCGACUCAUCUAUUGGUCCUCUCAAGACAAAUGAUAGUGUUCAUGCUCUUGCUCUCACGAUUCGAUCUCACCAUCGCAACAUCUUUGUGAUCCUUACCUUGUUGAACAAAGGACAGUGUAUCGAACAAUUGAUUGAUGAAGGAAUAAGAGAUGAGCACCUGCCGUUGAUCGAGUCUAUGAGCCAAUCCCGGUUGUAUCGAAGAGGGCGGCUUCGACAGGAGGUCAGCUACUUUUCUAAGCAUUGGGAGACCUACGAAAGAGAGGCGUUUGCCAAAGAGCAAUAUCGACUUAUGCCCAUAGUUCUCGAUAUGCAACCCGAUGGAACUGUCAAACACAAAACCUUCAAUUCAAGGGUAGUCCUGCCCUUUGUGAAGCAAUCCGGCUCAGGGGAGCUUGAACAGGGAGGAUAUGGUGUUGUCAAAAGGGUCAUGGUUCAUCCUGAUUGUCACCGGUUUCAAGAUGUGCUUCAAUCGAUCCAAACUGACGACAACUUUGCGCUGAAAAUGCUUUUGCAAACACCCAAACAAAAGCAGAGCGAGCAAACAAUAGCUUUCUGGGGAGAGGUUGAGAUGCUGAAGCGGUUCACAGGCUUUUCUCAUGAUCAUUUGGUGACGUUAUUAAUGACGUGGACGAUCAAUCAUCAAUACUACUUGCUUUUUCCAUUGGCGGGCUGCGACCUGGACCAGUAUUGGCUAAAAUACCCACAACCGAUCGUGGACUUCGAUAAUGUACGCUGGAUCUCGAAGCAGAUAUUGGGCAUGACGAGUGCCUUGAAAAGUAUUCACGACCCCUCUUCCAACACUCUCCACCCGCCUCAGGAAUGUAGGUAUGGCAAACAUGGAGACUUGAAGCCGGACAAUGUGCUAUGGUACCAAUCUCCAACGGAUGAGAGGGGUAUCUUGGUUCUUGCUGAUCUGGGUCUGAGCACAUUGAACUCAAUCUUGAGUCGUUCGAACAACUCCAAUAACAAUAUGCAUUUCACACCAAUGUAUCGAUCACCUGAGUGUGAUCUGCAGGGAGGCAAGAUUUCCCGCUCGUACGAUAUCUGGACUUUCGGGUGCCUUUUACUUGAGCUGGUCUGCUGGGCUCUUGGUGGACAGGAAGCCAGAACAGAGUUCUCGAAGGACAGGAUGUCACCUUAUCUCACUGGUACUUGCUCGGACAUAUUCUUUGAUAUCCAAGAAAAGAAAGGUGGGGGUCAUGUCGUGUUAGUAAAGAAGCAGGUGACAGAGCAUAUCGCAAAACUACAUGAGCAUGAGAAUUGCUCAGAAUACUUUCACGAUCUUCUGUACCUGAUCGAAGAAGAAAUGGUAGUCACGCUAUCUGUGAAUAAAGACAGGAUCACGGCUGUCGAUCUCUUCAAGAGAAUGGAACGUAUGCACUCAAAGGUUACAGACUAUGGAUCUGAUUAUGCUAAGUUGCAUCGUCGAAAGUCACGGCCAGCAGUGCUGUACGAUCCUGUUGAUGCGGUGUUCAAGUCCAGGGUCCGGAAGGGUCUCCAAAACACAAACCUUGUCAUACACAAAGGUACAAGCCAGAAAGCAAAGAGUACUCAGGAGCUCGAAGAAUUGGAUGAUGACUGGGUUGUUAUCAGAGACACGGAAUUAGAUGGGUGGAACCGUAACAAGUAAAGCACAAGCUGUACAUUUGAUGCCGACCAUGUGUUUAGGUACCAAAGUUUCAUUCCAAAGUCUUUCAAAUCCGUCCUGUAAGCCCUGCGCACCCAUAUACAUGCAUUAUGACAUUGUAUCUGUGCUUCUCAAUGAUGCAUGACUAACAAAUCACGACUCUGCAUAAUGUGCAAAGUCAACUGCUGCCUUCAUGGACUCUAAUUCAUCCUUCAAAGUGUCAGCCGAUAAGAUUUGGUAGGCUGAGAUGAUCUCGUACUUUGGUCAGCGCACGAGGUAGAAGGCACUGAAAGCGCCCUCGAGUCCACUAACACUAUGUCAGUUAUCGCCCUGCCAAAUGGACCUCACUCCAUACCGUGACCUGGGCUUUUCCGUACCCGAACA